AUGCGCUUCUUCACCGCGGUCUCCGCCCUUUCUGUCGCUUUCACCUCCGUUUCCGCACACAUCGCAGCACCUUCGGGAGAUGCGCCGACAUUGCAAGAGCGCCAAAAUGGCAUUUUGGUUACCACUGGUGCGCAAGGCAACAUUUACCCACGACUCGAGAUCCGACAGAUGAAGGACAACAACCCGAAUCAAUACACUCUUUUGGUCUUGGCUAUGGAGCGAUGGCAACAACGGAACGAAGGCGACCAGAGCUCAUUCUUUGGAGUCUCUGGAAUUCACGGUGUACCGAGAAUCAACUACAACAACGUAGGCCGAUGCAGCAGCUGUCAAGGCGCUGACGGUUAUUGCACACACGAUUCUAUUCACUUCCCCGCGUGGCACCGUGUGUAUCUUGCACACUUUGAGCAGGAGUUUUUGAAGGUGGUCAGGAUCAUUGCGAAUGAGUACCCAGCUGGUAACGCCAGAAAUACCAUGGUAAAUGCUGCCAAUGUUAUGCGAUGGCCAUACUGGGAUUGGGCUGCGAAGCCACCGGCUGGCCGACCACACCUGCCCAAGAUCGUGUCCGACUUCUCGGUCACGGUCAACGCACAACAGGGUACCCGAACCUUCAACAACCCACUUUUCCGCUACGACUUCAAGUCAUCAGCUGGCAUGGUCUACAGCCCAUUCACCACAUGGACUAGGACUUACCGCUAUCCCAACAACAACGGCCCCAACGCCGCCAGUGACACCAAUGCUUGCAUCAACGCCUUCAACAAUGUUCAACGCACUCUGCAAGAUCAAGUUUACUCUCUUUUCACCAGCUGCAGGGACUACGCACACUUCAGCAACGACAACGCUGGUUCGAGCUCGACCCAAUGCUCCAACAGCUUGGAGGGCAUUCACAACACCAUCCACGGUGUCGCAGGUGGUCCAGGAAGCCAAAGUGUCUCCGCCGGCCACAUGACUUACCUGUCCAGCGCCGCUUUCGAUCCCCUGUUCUGGCUCCACCACGCCAACGUCGACCGUCUGUUCGCCAUGUGGCAGAGGAUCAACCCAAACCAAUACGGUGGCGCUCAGACUGCUCCACACAACACCUGGACCAUCGCCCAAGGCUCGCGCCAGGACUCCAACUCACCCUUGACUCCGUUCUACAAGAACACCAACGGCCAAUUCUGGACCACCAACGAUGUGAGGGAUUGGGCCAACACUUUCAGAUACACAUACCCAGAAUUCUCCAACAGCGAUGGCUCCGCCGCCUCGAUCAACCGCUACAUCAACGGUCUCUACAGCCCCAAUGGUGGCAGGACCGCAGGCUCUUCCAAGCGUGAGGCCAUGCCACAGCUGCCAGACCUCUCCAGCAUCAUCCCAGCCCUCAACACCUCUGUCCUCAGCGGCAUCACUGAUGCUCUCGCCGAUGCCCUCGACUCCAACCCACUGGCGGCCCAGAACGGUUCCCUCUACCAGUACGUCGCCAACAUCAACACGCCCCGCUACAAGCUCGGUGGCUCUUACAGCAUCUACUGCUUCACCGGCCAGCCCGAGUCCGAGGACCCCAAGACUUGGACCACCGCAAAGAAUCUGGCAGGUCUUAUGGGUGUCAUGGCCCAAGGCGGCAUGGAGGAGAACCCAGUCAUCAUCGCUGGCUCCAUCCCUCUCACCACAUCCCUCUCAAGCCUGUUCGACAGCGGUGUCCUCGCCGGUCUGACCGAGGCCAUCAUCGCGCCUUUCCUCACCGCCAAUCUCAACUGGCGCGUAAUGGGCCCAGCCGGCACCAGCGUCGACCCAGGCACGAUCGACGGCUUCGUGUUCUCCGUCGUCACAUCAACCGCCAAGCAGCCAGCAGACUCCAACUCCCUCCCAGUCUACUCGCCCUUCAUCGACCUGAUCGAUGUCACCAAGGACCAAUCCGGUGGUGCCAACUCGACUGAGCAGGCCACCGCCGCGCAGUCUGGGAUCAGCUCCGCCAUGGAUGCAGUUUCGUCGACUGUCUCGGAUGUCCAGGAGGGUGUCAACUCGAUGUUGUCGUCGGUAAUGUAA